UUUUAGAAGGUGGCAAAUAAUCAAAUCGUCUCCUUGUUCCCCUGUCUCUCUUUUAACCAAUAACAAAAAGAUAAUCUCCAUCUCGCGCUCCUCCCCACCAUCCCAUCACGCUCCCAGCUGCUACUGCUUCAUUUCAGAUCCAAGAACCCUUUUCUUUACUUUCCUUUCCUUCCCUUCCCUUCCCUUCCCUUCCUUCUUGGAUUCUUCUCCCUCUCCCUCUCUCCAUCUCCCUGCGCCAUUGCUGGGAGCGCAUUUCAAUUUUCAGUACCGCUUUCUCUCUCCACUGCCCACCAAGAAAAAGGUAAACUAUAACUAAAGUGGUCUGUCUGCCCAUCACCAAGUUUCUUGCUUUUUGCGAAACAAUGCAGCGGCUUUCUUGAAUUCUUCGUCCUCUGCUCGGCUCGGUCAAUUCUUGUUUGGAUCGGUCCAAGAAAGUCUCAACACCCCUUUCCUCUUUCUCUCGCUCUCGCUUUCAAUGGCCGCGGAGGAUGGGCUCAGAUCAAGAGAGGUCUCUGCAAUGAUAAAGCAAGGCUUCAUCCCCAGCCAGGCUCUCUCGUUCUCCCCUUCAAGACCCGUCACCACCAAUGCUUCUUCCCUGGCGAGAGGACCCUUUCACUCCCCCUCCUCUUCUCCCUCCAAGACCCUCUCGUCUCCUUCCCCACCCCACUUCUCCGCCUCCGCCUCCGCCUCCUCCGCCGAGCCGGCUCAGCAGGUCCUGACUCGCCCGACUCUCUUCGAAAUGAUGUCCCAGGAACAGCACCGCCUCGAGUCCUCCAAUGCCCUCAAGUCCAGGCUGUCGAAGAUCCUGUCCAACGCGCCGUUCGUCAACAGCAUUGUGGCGAACAGCGUCGAAAGUGAUGGCGAUUUGGGUUUUGGAUCGGGUGAUGUGAGGCUCACGGUGGUCUCGCGGGACGGGUUUAGCGUUUCCAUGGACGUGCACGGGCGGGUUUUGGCGGAGAAGAGCCGGUACUUCGCCGAGAAGUUGAGGCGGGACCGGGGGGUUUCGCAUUCCGUGGACAUUGAGAUUAGCGAAUGUGAUGAUCUUGAGGUGUAUGUGGAGACGGUGGUUCUGAUGUACUCGGAGGAUCUGAAGAAGAGAUUGAUUGGAGAGGGCGUUGAUAAAGUUUUGGGUUUGCUCAAGGUAUCUUCUGCUAUUAUGUUUGAUAUCGGGAUAAGUGCAUGCUUGGAGUAUUUGGAAGCUGUUCCAUGGUCCAAUGAUGAAGAAGAGAAAGUUGUGUCUCAUCUUAGGCAACUUCAGCUUCAUGACUCAGCGGCUGAAGUUCUGCACAGAGUGUCAGCUGAGCCAUCCACAUCUUCAAGAACAGAUGAUAUAUUCUUAAGACUGCUGAGUGGGGUUUUACAGGCUAAGGAUGAUAAAGCUCGCCGAGAAAUGAAGAGCUUAAUUUCACGGUUGCUGAGGGAAGAAGCAUCUGAUUGCAGUAGUGAUAUUGAUGUCUCUCGAGACAGUCUUUAUCAUCUUUGCCAUCGAUGUCUUAGUUCGCUUAUUCUAUGCCUAUCUGAAGCUGCAGGGCCUGAUGAAAAAAAGCGAGAUCGAGGGACUUUGAUGGCAGAGAUAGCCCGGGAGGCUGACAAUGUGCACUGGAUUGUUGAAAUUCUAAUUGACAAAAAUAUGGGAGAUGAGUUUGUGAAGUUAUGGGGAGAUCAGAAGGAACUUGCCAUUCUUCAUUCAAAAAUACCUACCGUUUAUCGACAUGAAAUUAGCCGAGUAACUGCACAACUUUGUGUUGCAAUGGGGAAAGGACUUAUCUUGGUGCCAAAAAACACUCGGCUUUCUUUGCUCUCUACCUGGCUUGAAGCCCUCUAUGAGGAUUUUGGAUGGAUGAGGAGGGCUUCAAGAUCGAUGGAUAAGAAGCUACUUGAAGAUGGUCUUGGACAAACGAUUCUGACCCUUCCCUUGCCACAACAGCAAGCUAUUUUUCUCAAUUGGUUUGAUAGAUACUUAAACAAGGGUGACGAUUGCCCUGAUAUUCAGAAGGCAUUUGAGAUUUGGUGGAGAAGAGCUUUCAUAAGGCAGCAUGGGCCUGAACUGAAUAAUUCUCAUUUGCAAAUAACUGUAUGUGGAUACCCGAACUGAAUAAAGCCGCAAAGAAUCAAUUGUACAUGCAAUUUUUUCAGUCCAUGUCUGUUUUGCCUA